AUGGCGACCUCAGUAACUUGGAACGCCACCGUCGUGUUCCCCAACCAGACCGCCUCUCACCAGAGCUACCUCGGCGUCCUCGACGACGUCAACAGGUACAAUGUCCAGCUCAACACCUUCGAGCGCCUCUGGGCCGCCUGGUACUUGUGGAUGCAGAACGACAUCCUCGCCACAGGCAUCAUGACGUUCGUUAUGCACGAGGUCGUUUACUUCGGCCGUAGUCUGCCGUGGAUCAUAAUCGACGCGAUCCCCUAUUUCCGUAGAUGGAAGAUUCAGCAGCAAAAAAUCCCAACAUGGAAGGAGCAAUUCGAAUGCGGCGCCCUCGUCCUCUUCAGCCACUUCACCGUCGAACUCCCCCAAAUCUGGCUCUUCCACCCCAUCGCGACCUGGUGCGGCCUCGACUAUGGUGUGCCCUUCCCGCCCGCGUGGAAGAUGGCCUACCAGAUCGCGAUCUUCUUCGUCCUCGAAGAUACCUGGCACUACUGGAUGCAUCGCGGCGCCCACUGGCCGCCCCUGUACAAGGCCGUACAUAAGAUGCACCACUACUACUCCGCGCCGUUCGGUAUGACUGCUGAAUAUGCCUCCCCGAUUGAGGUUAUGUUCCUCGGCCUUGGCACCGUCGGUUCCCCUAUCCUCUGGGUGUUCAUCACCAAGGACCUGCACCUAUUCACGAUGUACCUCUGGAUCGUGCUGCGCCUGUUCCAGGCCAUCGACUCGCACUCCGGAUACGAUUUCCCCUGGUCCCUGAGACACUUCCUCCCCUUCUGGGCCGGAGCCGAGCACCACGACGUGCACCACGAGAAGUUUAUCGGAAACUAUGCGUCGAGCUUCAGGUGGUGGGAUUAUAUCAUGGACACAGAGGCCGGUGCCGAGGCCCACCAGCGCAGGCGCGAGGCCAGGAUCGCCAAGGCGAAGAAGGCUCACGGUAUACCAGUACUUGGGGUAACGAACAUGAACUUCACCGAGCUCAACAUGGAGAGACUGAGCCUAGAGGGUAAGUUGGCAAUAUCUCUGGAGAAUCUUCCGACCGAGCUCAUUCACCGCAUCGCGUCGUACUGCGAUGUCGCCGACGUCCACGCCCUCACCUGUGUUUCCCGCGGUAUCCGGUUGUCAUGCAGCAAUCCCUUUGUAUUUCAAGCUCAGUUCUGUCACCAUACUUGCCAGGCACCCGAGCCCGAAUCCAAAUCAAUCCCCAACAAGUACACGCUGGCACACAUUGUCAACAGCGCCUUGAUCAGCCGUCCCGAAUCCGACGCAAGAACUGCCUGGUCCCACCUCGCCGCCGUCGCCCCAACCCUCCCAAGCCUCUCAGACGAACUCGAUGAACUCAUGCUCCCGUAUCGAGCAGUGUCUUGGCAAUCCGCCGGCAGCGUCAAGCUUCCUAGCUCCGAACUCCUCCGGAAGACCCAAGCUUUGAUCGGCACAUUCUCCACUUUCGCCGUCCUGGGCUAUAUCCCUUCGAUUGAUCUAGGCGUCGCCGCAGCGACGACAGGUCUUCUCAUAACCCUCACGGAUCCGCACAACUGGGCCUCCUACAUCCACGUCUUACCCCAGAUUAACAGGCUCGUGCGCCAGCAAGCUUUCGUCCUCGCGCUGGGUCUACUACAGACGCAGGUCUUGAACAACCUAGGCAUCAUGGCAUACCACCUCUCCAAGAUGGCAACCUGGGACGACACGCACACCGCCUUCCACCGCUUCAAGACGUCGUGGGAAGGGAGGCAGACGGCCGCCUUGUUGGUGCAAGUCCUGCUUGCGCACCUAUUACGAAGCAGCUUCUCGGCAAGGCCGGCGAGCGAGUAUCUGCCGUCUCCGCGAAAGCUCCCGCUGGCGAUGGUGCAAGAUGAAGUGGGAGGCGCGGUUGUGCCGCUGCCGGAUCCGCUGUCGCCGGACCAGGCUGAGCGACGGCUCACGGCGUUUUCAUCGACUGGGUCCUGGGACCAUUGGAACCGAAGGUACGUCCGCCAUCUGGUACAGGAGAUGGAGGAUGGAGAGUGGUAUGGGUACUUCACCUGGGACACGGCGCGCAAUCAAGCGACGUUUCUCGAAACUGGGCCGAUUGAGAACAUACGGUUUAGGUUUGGGGCGAAGGAGUCAGCCGGUGGUACGAUCGAGGUCAUUGCCGAUAAUUGCAAAGAGCCGUCUGGUCUAUUUGCUCUUCACGGUGAAGUUGAUAUGUCAUUGCAGAGCAUCGUACUCAAGAAAACCAGCCCCAGGGGGGUUGAGUGCAAUUAUCGUGGUUGGUUCACCCCACUCGGUAUUGCUGGAACCAUGAAUCCAUCACCGUGGGGCUUGCCUGGCUGGUUCUGGAUCUGGAAAAAGGAAUGGAUGGAGGAAACUUCUUGUAAAUGA